GCCAUGGCUGGAUUGACAGAAGGUAAUGCUUUUUUACUCUCUGCACAAUUAGGCUAUUUGCUAAGAUACUGAUGGCGAUCGAUAACAUUGACGUACUUCGACAUACACUAUGGUGAGAGUGAUGUAUUCACGAGGGCUUCUUUAAUUUGGAGGCUUGCUUGUUGUAACCAAAGCUAAUCUUCAACAGAAUCCUACUGCGCUAGGCCCUCCUAGUCCUACGUUUGUUUGUGUGUGUGGUGUGAUUGAUGUUUUGGUUAAAAACGGUAGGCUUACUUUCUUGUGAUUGCAAUCUCGAUACUUAGCCUACUCUCUGGUUUCCAAAUGUUGGCAUUGAACUUAAGGGAGCAAAUUUUUGUUGCUAAGUUUAAGAAGACUUUUAGAGACAUUUCCCAGAGUGAUACCUUGAUUAUUCAUCAGAUUGUGAAUGUGUGAGGACUUGAUGUUUCUGUUCCAUGUCCCCCUGUCAAUUGCGACAGGACUACAGCACUUCAACUGGAGAUGCCUAGAGAUCUCUUUAAGGAAUUGUCGAACCUGGUGAAGAUUCUUCACUUAGGCUGUCCAGCCUUCCAGUAUGUUCAGUUGCUUAUCAUCCUCUUUGUCUGCUUUGCUGCACAACCUACGACCAAUGCCACGUCCACGCUGUGUUAUUUGGGCCCAAACAACUGCAGUUGUAAUACUACUGCAGAGGAUCUGUACAAAGUGUCAUGCGUUAAUCUGAAUUUCUGGGAGUUUCCAUCUAUUUCUGAACCUCUAGCAGUCAAGAUCAUCUAUCUGGACUUGAGCAACAAUUAUAUAACUAACUUGCAUCCUGAAAGUCUUUCAAAUUUUUCAUCUUUACAAACCUUGCAUCUGAGUUCUAAUGCAAUACAACAGCUACCUGAAUCUGUCUUUGCAAAUUUACAUUCAAUUUAUGAAAUCAACCUGCAGUUCAAUUCUUUAUCAAAUCUACCUUACGGCAUCUUUCAUAAUCUUGGAACUCUCAGUAAAAUAACUUUAUCAGGGAGCAAGUGGAUAUGCAAUUCUCGCCUUACUUGGCUUCGUGAUUGGUUGGUUGAGCAGCGAAAGAACAACGUAUCAAUUGACUAUGAUGACAUCAUCUGUGCAGAACCAGAUUCCCUGAAAAACCUAAAAUUACUAGAUGUGGACUUUGAAUUUGUUGAAAACUUGAUGAGUUGUGUUGCUGUUGAUGGACAACCACAUUUGGUCCUAUACUAUGCAUGGCACGAAUACAAGGAAUAUAAUACCGAGCUGUGUGCAGAAUUCUGUUUUGAUGAGAAAUACACCUACACUGCUAUUUAUGAAACGCAUACCUGUAUAUGUGGACAAACUGACGAUGGUAGGAGUACUGCGGAAUGUGCUGAUGCAUGCACUAAUGUCAACAGUGUAUGCAACAUGACAGUUGUAGAGGGCGCUUUUUAUUUGUAUGAUAUAUACCUGAGUGUUGACAAAUACGGUAACAUCUUUGACACUGUUGAUAUUAAUGCCAUCACGUAUAUCAAAACAUCUGCAGUCUUCAACUGGGAAACCGGUGAUGGACAAGUAUUUUCUGGUCCAUCAUCGAUUUUGUACAAAUAUGGUGCACCGGGAAACUAUACCAUAAAAGCCAUUUUAAAUGUUAGUGGAAAAAACCAAACAGGAACUGCAGAGAUCGAGGUGCUGCAUCCAGUCGAUGGCUACUUAUCAUGUCCAUCUGAUCCAUCCUCUUCAAGCUUUCCGCAGGUUAACUUGACAGUUACUGGUGGCAGUCAGAUUAUAGCCAAGUGGAUGCUACCAGACCAUUCAAUUAUUGAAACAGUUGAAAAUAUACCUUCACAUGUUCUUGGUAUAGAUGCCUUUGGUUAUUAUCCGCAUCUCUCAACACUUGAUCCUGUUUCUAUAUCAGCACAUGCUUCUUCUACCCCUAUGUUAGUUUUAUUUCCAACUCAGUACUUUAAAGAAAAUGCUGUUUUAUCAUCAUGGGAAUUUAUAAGUGUUGAGUCUGCUCCAGAAAUACAUGUGCACUUACAGGUUUUCAGGCCUACAUGUGGUGCUAACCAGGUGCCAAUACCACCAGGGUGCUGUGAAUCGUGUUCAUCAUUCUUUACUUGUGAAGAUGAGGAUGUUGAUGAUUCUGCUUCCUCCUCCUCUGAAAAGAGUUAUACACACAGCAAUGAACCUCUGUAUAAACUUAUAUCAGAAACAGCCAUUAUAUCAACAUCCACUCAAGCCACACUCAAUCAAGUUCUUCCACAUACAGAGAUCAAAGUUCAGAAGUAUGACAUCAUUGGUUUUCAACAAGAUAGUGAAUUUAUUAAAUGCUCAUCAGUGGCAGACACAUCUACAGAUAGCUUCUACCACACUUUCACAACCUCAUGGCUUUCACUCGGUGAUGAUGUGCCAAUCCCAUUGGAAAAUAAAACCUCAGGCACUUGCUUAUUUAGAGUUCUGUACACUAAGCCGGGAGUUGUAAACCCACCUAUUAUCAAAACACUGGCUGCUGGUUUAUAUUCUUAUCAGGUGGAACUGAGCAGUCCAAUUAGUCAGACAUCUCUCAACUGCACUGUCAGUUUAGAGGACACAAUUCAAGAUCUGCAGAUUGUCAAUCCCAGUACAGAUACUCUUUCAAGUGGAAUGGUGCCAUUGAUUGCAGUGGUGACUACUGGCUCAUUAUUAUCAUCAAAUUGGACGAUACAUUCCACUACUGACAAUAUAACUUAUUUUGAUCAGGUUGAUUUUUCAAGACAAUGUCCUGAUGAACUUGCAAAUGAAUUUUCAAUUUGCAAUGAACUGAUGCAGAACUCUGACAUGUCUGUUGCAGUAAUAAACUUUGUCUUCCAGCCAUGCAGCACAUACACACUCAGUGUUGUAGCUUUUAAUGAGAUUGAACAGAAAGUAGUCAAUCAAACUGUGGUAGUUGUAGAGGAUAGUGUAAAUUUGAUGUUGUCCUCUCAACCAGAAUUAAAUGAGAUUUACAAAGAUAGUGAAGUUAUAUUCUUUGUCAAUUUCUCCAGCAGCUGUUCGUUUGAUCUUCAGUGGUUAGUUGACGGAAACCUGCAAGACCAGGACAAUAACAGACAAUUAAGAUACACUUUCCACACAGAAGGAACUCACACUAUCACUCUGUUCAUGGCAGGCAUUUCUGAAACAAUAAAUGUUACAGUGAAGAACACUUGGCAGUUGUUAUUCACUUCUGCAGCCAAAUUUGUCCUCAUUGGACAACAGACUAAUUUUUCAUUGAGUUUAAAAGGUAUUGUGGGUACACCAGUAACCGUUACAUGGGAUUUUGGAGACAACACAAUGCUGAAAGUGGCCACAUUUACUUUGAAGUCAGAGGACAGUGAUCUAAUUGAGAGCCAUUCUUUUCAUACCAAAGAUGUUUUUACUAUCAAUGUAACAGUCCAGUACAAUAUUUAUUUUUUAAAUGAGCUGCAUUCUGUACAAAGUUUAAAUGAAAUGAUCAUUUUAGAAAAUAUUUUAUUGCCAAAUUGUUCACGAGUGCAUGAAUCUGUCCAAUUCCUUGCUGUCAUAUCAGCUUUUGAAAAUAUUCAGUAUUCAAUUGAAUGGAUAUUUGGGGAUGGAACCAGUUUACAAACGUCAAACAAGUCUGUAAGUCAUGCUUAUAAUACUCCAGGUCCAUUUACAGUCCAAGUUUUAAUAAUAAGUAACAGUACAUCUCAAAACCAAAGCAAGAUAGUCUGUGUACAAGAAUAUUUGACUGGUUUACAACUUGUUAAUGACGGGCCUACGCUUUUGGGCCAGAUAACUACGUUUAAAAUAAGUUUUAUCAGUGGCUCAAACUAUGAAUUUUAUUGGAAUGAUGACCAAGAUACACAAACUUUUGCUCCCGCAGUGUCAUUUAAUCAUACAUUUUUGGAAGCGGGAACAUUCACUAUGGAUGUUUUUAUACAUAAUUUUUUUAACGAAGUUCAAAUUUUUUCAAAUGUUUCAAUUGUUGAAAGGCUUGAGGUCCUUAGAGUGCAACAUGAUUGUGUUAACGAUACAGCUGGAAUAUUUUGCUCGCUUGAAAGUCCAUCCACAUUUGCAGCUGACGUAUUGCAUGGAACUCCCUCAAGUUUUCAUUGGACAUGUGAUUUUACAAUUUUAGCAGCUGAUACCAAAGAUUUUACUGUUACCUUUCCAAAUACAGGAAUAUUUUGUUUAAAUGUUUCUGUGUCAGACUUGUUUAGUAGCUUAAGUCAACACUUUUGUAUAGAGGCCCAGGUGGCCAUUUUGGAUCUUCAUAUCAUUAGCAACUCGACGACCAUGGCAGCCAAUGAGGUUGCCCGAUUAGAAGCAGUUCACUCUUCAGGGAAUAAUGUGCAAUAUUUUUGGAGAUUUUGUGAGACUUGUAUCGAAAAGAACAUGCCUUCAGUGGUUUUCCAUUCAUAUGAUGAACCUGGGACAUAUAAGAUCUUAUUAGAAGCACGUAAUGGUAUCAGUAAAGAAAAAGUAGACAUUUCUAUUUAUGUAAUAAAAUUAGAGACUUUCUCUGAUAUGGAGGAUAAUUAUUAUGCCAAGCUUGAUCAAACAUAUAAAUUUCAUUGCAAGACAACAGGUGUGGAGCCUGAUGAAAUUGAAUGGAAAUUUGAAUAUGGAUCCCUAUCACCUGACAUUAAAACAGGUAUGAAUAUCUCAUACUCCUUCAGGAAUACAGGUGUGUACAAUGUGCAGGUGACUGUAUUGAUCAGCGGGUGUACAGUUUCAAAGAAAAUUUCUGUUAAAAGCGUAGAGGAGAUAAGCAACUUGCAGUUACAAGUGGAUAUAGCAACCAGCCCAGUAAUUCCUACUCACCAAUUGAUCAAUUUUACAACAACUGUUGAUAGUGGGACGGAUAUUGAGUAUAUCUGGGGUUUCACUAACUCUGAUGUGUUUUUUGUCAGCAGUAGUUUCUAUCUGUACAGUUACCAGAAACCAGGCAAAUAUUUAAUCACAGUUAGUGCAAGCAAUCAUGAAAAAUUCCAUGAGGAAAAUACAUUUCUACAUAUAACAGCAAUUGAUGCUGUGUCUGAUGUAGAGCUACUUAUUGAAAACUCUACUUUAGGAUUUGUGCCACAGAAUGAAACUAUAACUAUAUCGGCAUAUGUUUCAAAGGGCUCUAAUCUUGCUUACUCAUGGAUGUUAGAAAGCAGUACUUUCACAGAAAGUUCCUUUGAAUAUGUCUUUCCCCAGACUGGAAACUACACCAUUGAACUAAUUGUAAGUGACCUGUUUAGUAGUGUUACUGCAUCAAAGACAAUCAUUGUUGUGGAGAGACUUAGAAAUCUUCAGUGGAUCACCAGUAACUGGACAGCUGAGGUUGGCACCGAGAUUGUUCUUGAAGCAUCUCUAGAAUCUGGAUCAAAUGCUAAGUUUACUUGGACUGUAGCUAAUGAAACAGGUGAUAUAAUUCACAGCUUUAUCGAUUCUUCAACAAGGAAGGAGACAUUGUUUGCUGUCAGUAUUACUACCCCAGGGAACUAUACUGUAACACUCACUGUCACUAAUAACUUAGACACCAUUGAUCUGGUGAGAGUUCUCAGUCUUUAUAUGGAACCAAUAUCUGGACUAAGAAUCACAGACUGUUGCACUAACCCAGUACCUGUAAAUACUACACAGUUUUAUCAAGCUAGUGUUGUUACUGGGGCUAAUGUUGUCUACAGAUGGCGCUUUGCUGUUGAUAGUACAUAUGAAACAGUUGCCUACGGAGACACUGCUAAUUAUAGUUAUCCAGUUGCAGGAUCAUUCUUGGUUGAAGUUGAAGCUCGGAAUGCUAUUAGCCUUGGUAAAGCUUCUGAGUCUGUCCAUGCUAUAGAGAAAAUAACCAAUGCCUGGUUAGUAACAGAUGCAGACAGCAUAUUAGUGAAUCACUCUUUUACAGUGGCAGUGACAACAGAAGGAGGCACCGGCGCUGAUAUUUUAUACAUCUGGAAGUUUAACGGUGGCCUAGAUGAUUUUAAUUCCACUUUAUCAGUUCAGAAUGUAACAUACAAGGAAGAUGGUCUGCAUCAAAUAACAGUUGUAUGUCAGAAUGAAGUCAGCAGUGCAUCUACUAGUGUAAAUGUCACAGUGAUUAUGUGCAAAUUGCCCGAACUCCUACCUUUGCCAUCAACACCAGAUGAGGUGUACAGGUCACAUAGUUUACUCUUGGAAUAUAACAUCAUUGAGGAGUUGUGUACAUAUACACCUCUGUACACUGUAUAUAAUUGGACAGUGUACAAAACUGAGUCGUGCAGUGCUUUACCAUCAGAACAAUUAGCUCUACAAUUGGCAAUUGAGACAUCUCUACCAUCACUUUCGAUACCUAGUAACACCUUGGAAUAUGGCAGUUACUGCUUUCAAUUGAGUGUCAACUUUGAAGGGAUUCCAUCAGUAAACAUUGCAAGGUCACUUGUUAAUGUUAUUGCAACACCUCUUAUUGCACUCAUCAGUGGUGGAAAUCUACGACUUGCAUCUUCACAAGAGGAUCUCUUACUGGAUGGUAGCGACUCUAUUGAUCCAGAUUUGGUAGAUGAUCAAAAGACUGGAUUACAGUUUCGGUGGGAAUGUACUGCAUCUGCAUAUGUUGAGGAAACUGAUGGACGUGUUGUUGCUGAUGCCUUACCAGUACCAAACCCCAUCUGUAUCCAGGGAGAUCUUAAUGGUGACAAAGCACUUGCUAAACUGUAUCCCUCAAACAUGUAUGUCUUCAUUCUAACAGUUACUAAAGGCAACAGAGAAAGUGUAACUAAUCAAACUGUUGAAGUUGUUGAUGGCAGAAUACCUGAUGUCCAGAUAACUUGCCUCUCGUGCCAGUUAUCGUUAUCUACAACCAUUAGUGCUUCACAAAGACUUGAGUUAACUGGUUCCUGCAUGAAUUGUGCUGAUCAUAGUUAUACUUUGAAGUGGACUGCCAUUCAGGAUGAUGGAACAAUUAUCCAGCUCAACAAGAUCUCUACAACCACCGGAGAUUCCACAAGCAACUUGGUUGUCAAGGCAGGAACACUUAGAAUCAGCAGGUCUUACACUUUCAGACUGACUGUUAAUAGCAGCAAUUUUGACCAACCUGGCUUAGCCGAGGUAUGGUACGCAGUAAACACACCUCCUACUGGUGGAAGCUGCUCUGUAACUCCUUUGGAAUCAGUUGCAAUGAAAACACUUGCAACUAUAGCCUGUAAAGACUGGUUUGAUCCAGAUUUACCAUCUGCUCCAUUACUAUACAUAAUGCAGAUUACGGAUCUUGGAGAGAGUAAUGGCGGAGUGGGAAGCACACUGCUGUACCAUGGAUCUCGAGAAAGCUAUCAGACUUACCUUCCUUUGGGAGGGAAUCAAGGAGCAGAAACAUUGAAACUUCUCGUAAAAGUACAAGAUUCUCAAGGAGCGGAAAUUGAGGCAUUAUCUUUAUCUCUAAAUGUCUCCAAACCUGAAUUGCAAGAUACAACUACGGUAGUGGAGUGGAUGACCAUGUAUGGAAAACCCCAGUUGCAGUCUCUCCAGGGGGCUGGUGAUCCACAACGGAUGCUUGACUACGCAACCAGCAUGGCCUCAGUACUCAAUGAAGAACCUCGAGCGAGUGAUGAAAUCGAGGCCUGUGUAAGCCUUCGAGCAGACAUUGUCAGUAGUGUUGCAUCUUGUCAAUGUGUCAGUAGUGAAGAUAUGAGCCACAUAUCAACAACACUUGCUAUAGUUACGGCUGUUCCAGAUGAAAUUGUACAUGAAGAAACCUAUACCCAGAUCUUAAGCUCUCUAGAUGACAUCCUUAGUGUUCUAACUACAUUGGGAGCUGAAGGUUUAAACACUAAUGAUGUUACCAGUAAUGCAAUCCUAAUGAUCAUCUCUAACACAAUGACAUCACUUAAUCAGCAUGCCUCUCAGCAAGUGGUUUUAAAUGGUUCUCUUGAUCCAAAAUUCCAAAUGGUUGCCAUCAAUAAUUUACUGACUGACACAGAAGUAUUGUUGGAUUCAUUGAUGUCUGCUCAGUUAGUUCAUGAGGAAACCUUAAGGUUAACCUCAGGGACUAUCACAGUGGCUGCACAGAGAACUUAUCCUGGAGAAAUCUCCACUACACUUAACGAUUCAGAAACAUACUUUACAGUUCCACAUAACCUUUUUAAAGAACUUCCCCAGAAUGUAGAAAUCCUUGAAGAGUUAUUUAUUUAUGAGCAAAAUCCAUACACAUGGCAUAGUCUUGCAGUUGGUGCCAUCACAACAAAGGUAUCACAGCUAGAGUACAAGUAUUCCAAUGGAACAAAGAUCAGCAUUGGGAACUUAGACCAGAACCAAAUGAUUGUUCUUGGGUUGCCCCAGACAAAUUUUGAUGUACUACAGCAGCUAAAUUCCAGUCAGCAGGUGAACCCAGGGGAGACAACGUACGUAACAAUGGAUUAUGAUUCAGAUGUCAGCGACUUAUCCUCUUAUGUAGAAGUUCUGUUAACAACUUACUCUUGGAGUGGCAGUUAUGGCUUCAUAUCUUUGAUGUUGGGCCUGGAGGAGAAGCCAAACUUAUCAACAUGUCUCAAUGCUGUUAAUUUGACUUUCUCAGGCAGCUCAGAAGUGGCAUCAACAAAAUACAUCUUCUUAAUUAAAAAUGAAUUUUCUAGUCCCAUCAUGGCUCAUUACCUCACAGCUAUCAACAACUACAACUUCAUUGCCAACAUCUCUGUGAGUAUGUUCCAGCAGUCAUGCCAGUAUUAUGACACACAACUGGAGUCCUGGAGUGAGUAUGGAUGUCAGGCUCUAACAGGUUCCACAAAGCAGGUAGCAACGUGUGCCUGCAACCAUCUGACAAGCUUUGGAGCAGGCUCGCUGGUCGUUCCAAGUGACAUUAAAUUUACUGAUUUAAAGGAAUUGGAUAUCCAAUCAAAUCCAGUUGCUUUGAUUGUAUGCUGUAUAAUACUUUUUCUGUAUGUGAUUGCAAUGGGUGUGGCAUGGUACUAUGACCGCUGUGACCUACAGUUCAUUAGCAUGGUUCCCAUUUGUGGGAGGAAUGGUGCUUAUUGCUAUGAGAUCUAUGUAAAAACUGGAGAAAGGCUUGGUGCAGGUACAACUGCACACAUUGGGAUCAGCAUUUAUGGAUCCAACGGUAAAACAGGUUCCCGCCACUUAAACUCAAAAAGUGCAUUCACACGCAACACGAGGGCAGCCUUUCGUAUCUAUUCUGAAUGUAAUCUGGAAGAAGUGCAGAAGGUUCGAGUCUGGCAUGACAAUACUGGUUUGGAUCCUUCGUGGUAUCUAGCCACGAUUCUUGUCGUAGACGUUCAGACAGACCGCAAGUUUCAUUUUUUAUGCGAGACAUGGCUGUCAUUAUUGCAAGAUGGUGGCGCUGUUGACAAGACUUUUGAGGUCCUUGGUAAAGAGCAAUUGAAAAAAUUCUCUACCAUAUUCCAAUUUGAAAGUAAGCGUCAAUUAGCCAAUCAACAUCUGUGGCUUUCGGUGAUAGACCGCCCUCUACAGUCUCGCUUCACCCGUAAACAGCGUGUGACCUGCUGCUUGGUGUUGAUCUACACAUACAUGUGCAUGAACGCUAUGUGGUAUGGGCUGCUGCGUGAUUCAUUUGUUCCAAGUGCGUACAAAAACAUGCCACGAUCAGCAGUAACCGUGGUGGUGGAGGCACACUGUAGGAACUCGCAGACCAGUGACUCUUUGUUUUCAGGCAAUAGCUUUGCCUUUCGCACUGCAAGUGAAGCAGACUCUGGCGCUUUGGAUUUGAAACGUAGCAAUGAGACAAAUGCUUUUGAAAUGAAGGAAAUGAAAGCAAGCAAUGGUGAUGAGAAUAAUGGGAAUGAUGUUACUUCAUCUAAGCCUCUGGAAGGGGCAACAUUGAGACCCUUAAGUGAGCAAGAUCGAUGGUGGUCAUCAGAGAGCAUUCUGGGAUGGCCUGAAAAGCUGCCCCCGUAUGACAAAAGUGAAAACAUAGAGCUGAAGCAACUUCUGAAAGAUACUGGAGAAAGGAAACAAGAAACUUUGCCAGGAAUUCUUAUCCAACCAGCAAAUAGUGAUUCCGAACCUGAGAAACCUAUAAAGAAAUUAUGCAGAGGAAAGAGUAUGAGAAAGGGAAUUAAGACACUUGAGAAAUCUAAUAUGCUGCGGACCAACAGUGUAGAUGACCUUACGGCAUCUGACGAUGAAUUUUGGCAGAGUCUACUUGAGGAGGAAGGGGUUUCUAAAAAGACUACUCAGUCAGCUAAAGAAUAUUCCCAACAACAAAAAAAGGGCACACCCCCAGAGGAAAGUGGGAAAGUCAACAGAACUGAUAUGCUAGUUCCUAAAUCACAGGGCAUGUUCAACCCAAGGGCUACAGCCUCAUUAAUGAGAGAGAACAAAACAGGUGUCCUUUCGUCUGAUGAGGGCAUAUGUCAAGGAACUAGCGAUUCCAACUGUACCUUGGCAGGUGUCACAAUUGAACCUCAAGCAGCAACUUCAAGCAUGCCAGUCUCAAGGAGGAAUGCCAAGAGGCAGUCACCCACCUGUACUUCCUGCAAAAGAUGUCUGCUGCCCCCAUGGUUUGUCUACAUCAAUUACAUUAUGUGUUUUGGAAUUGUCAUCCUUUGUGGAGUGGUUGUGUUUCUGUAUGGUAGUCAGUUUGGUCAAAAGGUUACAGUGAGAUGGAUUAUCACAUUGGUCAUCUCUUUAACAAUAUCCAUGCUUCUACUGGAACCAGCUAAGGUGCUCCUGUUUGCAUUGUAUUCUGCUUCAUCUUACGAGUCACUUGACAGUUGCUGCAGCGAUGAUGAUAACGUCAUUGAUAAUCCUGUCUACGAGCAUCAAGAGCUUGCGAAUUACGCUCACAUCAUACGACCUCCGCAGGGAUUCGGACUUCUGCAGGCAAAAGAGGAGGGGCGGAGGCUAGCAAUGAUGCAUGCCAUGUUACGACAUCUUUGGGUGUUCAUCACCCUUCUUGUAGUGGUGAUGAUCAUUAGCUACCUGAGUCAGAACCAGGCUGGGAUUGACACAGUCUCCGUAAUGAAAGAUGUUUAUGUCAAUGCCGUGUUUGGGGAUGAACAUAGAAACUUCAACCAAAUACAAACAUUUCAAUGUUUGAUUCAUCCCUCAGAACAAUGCCAAGUGGAAGAAUCCAGUGAAUAUAAAAACUAUUUUGAUGAUGUAUGCUAUGGAAGAGGAACAUCCUAUUCUGAGGAUAGGGGUGUUUUUGUAUCAAGUAAUUUAAAUUGGACCUACAAGUUGAGCCAAGAGCUGAAUGGGUUGUCUGUGAGAGGUCAGAUUGGUAAAUAUUCUGGUGGAGGGUUUGUGCAAAACCUAGGUUCAUCGUAUAGUGACACAGUGGACAUCUUACACAUACUUACAGACUACAGAUGGCUGGAUCGACAAACCAGGGCGGUGUUUGUAGAGGCAACGUUUUACAAUGGCAACCUCAAUUUGUACUCUGUAUUCAAUCUUUUGAUUGAGUUUCCUUUGUCAAGUGGCGCUGUUUCCUCACCAUUAAUAAUAUCUGCCAGUCUAGAUCGCUACUCUCAAGCAACAGGUCUUCUUGUCAGUGAGGUUCUGUUUAUUCUCCUACUAAUUUACUUCACCUACAUAAUGAUCACCGACAUGUUGCAUUGUGGGAUUCUACAGUUUCUCACAUCUUUUUGGCGUCUGCUAAGCGUUGUCAUGGUGAUGUUGGGAAUUGCAAUCGUCUGCUUGCUAUUUGUACAAGUUGUUCACUCCAACCACGCACUGAAUAAAUACACAGAUGAUCCUGGUGUGUUUGUUAAUUUCUAUCGUGCAGCCCUUUAUUCAGAUGUACUAAUACAUUGCUACGGAUUACUUGUGUUCAUUGCAACAGUAAAGGUGUUACAGGUGCUAAGAUUCAGUUCAUGGCUGGUGUCAUUCUUGACUGUUCUUGAAAAGUGUUUCUGGUUGCUAAUGGGUGCUUCUGUAAUAUUCUUCCUCCUGAUUUUAGGAUUCAGUUUUCUUGGAAACCAGUUAUUUGGACCGGUAAUGUCUGACUUCCGAUCAGUCGGGUCAGCUACGUUUUACCUGUAUUCGUAUAUAACCGGUGCUUCGAGCCAGAGUCUGACACCUCUGCUGGAUCGCUUCCCAGUCUGGGGAGCUAUGUUCAUGUCAGCGUUCUUUUACUUCUGCUUGGUUCUGGUGACAUGUCUGUUUGCCGCAGUCGUUAUCAAAAAUUACAGGGGCUCCCAGAGGAGUGAGGUGGAAACGUUAAAUUUUCAAGAUCAUAAUAUGAUCGAUUUUAUGAUUGAAAGAUUUAAGAAACGGCUUGGCAUCAUAAAACCCAAGGAAUUUCGUCACCGUGUUAAUUUUGCUGGCGUUGAUUCCGUAUCCAUGCAUUCCCUCUCAUCACGAGGUACAAUCAGCCAGGGCAGUGUGUCUCAAGUAUCCUCAGGUGGAUCUGGGAUAUCGUUUAUCCUUCCAGGUGAAAAAAUUGAUCCCUACCAUUUUAAUCACCUUCUGGACUGCUUGUCUCCGACAGUCGAUGAAGUUCUGGAAAAACUGGAGAGCCUCAAGUUGUUGGAAGUAGAAAACGAGCACAUCGGGAAUGAAUUUCUGUGUCGUAAAAAUUUGUUGAAAGGAAGCAAGACCUUUAAGAAAAAUCAGUCGGUAAAGAAAGCACAAAACCCUUGUUCCAGAGCAUUAACUUCUUCAUUACAAGGCAUGGUCCAGAAAAAGAUUUCAGGGACAGAACGACACCGGCGCAAAAGUGACCCAGCUCGAUCCACAAAAAAGUUUGAGGUUGAUGCACGCCCGAAAAGUGAGGAAUGGGAAAAGAAGAGGUCUAAUGAAAAUGAAGACAAUGCUAUACUGACCUCACCUAAUAAAACUGAACAUAUUCAAUGCAAGCCUGUUUGGGGAAGAAACUUAUCCUCAACGUAGGAUUAGGCAGCCAGAUGUACGUUGUAAAGGGUACAUACUUGGAACCAUAAAUUUUUGUAUUUAUCGCCUUUUGUACUCCUCAAAGGGUCUCAUGUCAUUUUGUGGCCAAUCAUCUAUCAGCCACAGCAGGCUCUUAACCAAAACACCCACCCUUCUGCACUUGAAGGAUGUACUGGGUUGAAGUGCACUUGAUUGAGUUGGUGUGGGCCUACACUUACAGUUUUUAAUUGAGUAUUAAUAAUAAUAAUAAUAAUUUGGAUUUGUAAAGCGCAAAAUACAUAGGUCUAUAUGUGCUAGAAAUUUGCAAAUUAAAAUAAACUAAAGAGAUGAGUCUUGAGACGAUUUUUAAAUAUCUCAACAGAAGGAGACUCGCGAAAAAAAAGAUAGGCAAGCUAUUCCACACCUUGGGAGCAGCAACGGAAAAUGCUCUUUCACCAUAUGUUCUUGUACGACAUGAAGGGAUGAAUAAUGUAGGUGAACUAGAUGUAGAUCUUAAAGCUCUAGAACAAGUGGUGGAGCGAAGUUUAAUCAGGUUGGAUAUGUAUGAGGGUGAUUUAUUAUUUAAUGAUUAUUAUGUGAAAAGCAACAAUUUAAAUGCGUUGCAGGUAACCAGGGCAGACGACGAAGAGUAGGUGUUAUUAAGGAGGGUACUAUAAAACAAAUCUCCAUAAGGAGCUGCUUUAGAAUCUUAGCAUGUGUUUCAGUUAGCCCUCUACCUCUAAAGUUUAGAAUAUUUUACAGAUCGAUUUUAAACAAAACCCUAUCAGCCAAGCUUGUCUACAUGUGUUGCUGAUCAAGGGAGCAAGUAAAUCAGUGAUUUAUCGAAGCUGUGUCAUAUAUUUUAAACUUGAUAGUAUUUUAUUUUGUAUAUUAUGU